AUGGGGAUUUUGAGUGAAUUAGACAAGGUCGCCGGCGAUAUUCUCAAAGACACGAGAGACAUUUUGAUCUUUAUCGGAAGACUGCUGCUGAUUUCGACUUUUAUCGAGGAUGGCUUUAGAAUGUGGCAUCAGUGGACAGAGCACACGGAAUACAUUGGAAACACGUGGGACUGGCAGACGGAAAUAGCUACAGUCGUUGUGGGGAUCAAUCUCGCCGGGCAAGUUUUAGGAGCGAUCCUGGUGCUCUUCCGAAUUUUAGUCACUCCUUCAGUUGUGCUACUCACGCUCAUCGUCAUCAUCCAGACGAUUGUUUAUUCGAUCAUUUUCGACAUCAAAUUCCUGAUGCGCCACCUCGCCAUGAUCGGCGCUCUCCUCCUCCUCCUCGCCGAGCACAAAGACCGUCGCGCUCAACAACAGAAGCAAAAGACGCCCGUUGGCCUUCCGGUCCUCGAUGAGCACAGUCCGUCCAGUGGGCUUCAAUUCUUUGGCAGAAUUUUUCUUGUUCUGUUGUUUUGCACGCUCCUGCAUUUCUGGGGCUGGUCUCAGGCGGCUGAAAACUUCAAGAAUGACGAAGAUGCUUUUGAAGAUUUAAUAGGGAAGGGUCUUGACUACUGA